GGCAGCUCGGGGUGCGGGCCGCCGCCGCCAGCCGCUCCGCGUCUUUGUGCUGAGGUCGGCUGGCCGCCAUGCUGCGCCGCCCCGCGCCCGUCCCGCUGCGGUUCAGUGGCUUCCGCCCGCCUCUGCGCCGCUGAGAGAGGAAGCGGCGAGGAGGAUAAGAAGGGGGUCGCCGCCCGCCCGCCACCCCAUGCCGCCGCCCCGUCUCGCGGACCUGCAUGGACGGGCAUGGGGAGAGCCGCGUCUUCCCGCGCCGCCGGGGCUGAGCCGCCGCUCGCCGCCCUCGGCCUGCUGGCCGCCCUGGGGCUGCUCCUGCGCGCAGGUGACUGCCAGCUGCAAGCACCUUGUCGAAUCCAAAAGUGCACCACUGAUUUUGUUUCCUUAACUGCACACCUAAACUCGGCUCUCGAUGGCUUUGACUUGGAGUUCUGCAAGGCCCUGCGAGCGUACUCUGCCUGCACCUAUCGCAACUCCAAAGUAUGCCGCGGAAACCUGGUCUACCAUUCUGCAGUGCUGGGGAUCAGUGACCUCAUGAGCCAGAGGAACUGUUCCAAGGAUGGCCCCACAUCCUCCACCAACCCUGAAGUGAGCCACGAUCCCUGCAAUUACAGUGGCCACACGGAAGCCAACGAACAUCAAGGAGGGGAGAAAACUAUCCCUACUUACCUAUUUUGUGGCUUGUUUGGUGAUCCUCAUCUGAGGACUUUUAAGGAUCACUUCCAGACGUGCAAAGUGGAAGGUGCUUGGCCCCUCUUAGACAAUAACUACUUAACAGUGCAAGUGACGAAUGUGCCUGUGGUCCCAGGAUCCAGUGCUACUGCUACAAAUAAGAUAACUAUUAUCUUUAAAUCAUACCAACACUGUACAGAUCAGAAAGUAUAUCAAGCGGUGACUGAUGACUUGCCUGCAGCUUUUGUUGAUGGUACAACAGGUGGAGGUGAUGGGAACACCAAGAGCUUGCAAAUUGUGGAUAAAGUCAGCGGCAAAUACGUCGAAAUGCAUGCCAGGUACAUCGGGACAACAGUGUACAUACGUCAGCUUGGGCACUACUUAACACUGGCCAUUCGCAUGCCUCAAGAAUUGGCCAUGGCCUAUGAGGAGAGUCAAGAUCUGCAGCUGUGUGUGAACGGCUGCCCUUCAAGUGAGCGUAUUGAUGAUAGUGGCCACUUGCCGUUGCCUGUGAGAGGACAGGUGCUCCCUCAGGCAGGCGCUGCUCGUCCCCGCUCAGCAUACACACUGGAAACUGCCACCACCAAAUGCCAUGAGAAGAUGCUGGUGAAGGACAUCUAUUUUUACUCAUGUGUGUUUGACCUACUCACUACUGGUGAUGCCAACUUCACGGCUGCCGCCCACAGUGCCUUGCAGGAUGUGGAGGCACUGCACCCCAGAAAGGAGCGCUGGCAUAUCUUUCCCAGCAGCGGAGAUGGUGGUGUGGGCAAAGGUAGCAAAUCCUUUGUCAGUCUUGGACUUGCGUGCUUGAUCCUUGUUGCAUUUUUGUAGGUUUUUUCUUUUCUUUUGUCUCUAACAAAGUUUUGAAAUAUAUAUUGUCAUAAUAUAUUGAGUAAAGAUGAGUAUAUAUGUAUAUACCAUGUAUAUGAAGGGAUGUUUUGUCUUGGGACAUCCGCCAGAUUGUACAUACUGUGUUAACUGUUCUAUGUAUGUUGGAUGUUGUAUUCUUUGUAUCUGUUUGUUUUACAGUUGGUGAAAUGUUUUAUAAUGUCCUUGCAUUGGGACCUGAUAGAAAGCACUUUAUUUUUUAUAUAUUAAAUAUUGGUGUGUAGCUGAGUAACUGUGUAUUAUACAUAUACACGUGUACCUACAGUACUCAGUACUCUGCCUAGGUACUGCUUAGUUUAACAAAUUUUUUUACUGUAUUAAUUAAUGGGGAUAUUUUCUACACUUGCUGUAGAGACAGCACUUCUCUCGUCUUGUAAUUAUGUGUAACUUCCUGGUAGCUUUUUAGAGCCAUUGGAGAGACAAUGCUGAAAGAUCCUAAUGGUCUUUGUGUAAGGGUGUAAGAUUUCCUUUUCAAAGUUACUACCACGGCUGAUUCUGCCCUCAAAGGUUAACUCAGUCUGGGAGAUGGACUGGAGAAGUCACAUGCCUGAAUUUUGUCUCUUUCUUAGGUGUUAAUUACAUCAACACAUUAAAAAGAGGGGAGAGGAGUGAGGGCCCCAGCUCUGACUGCAGUUACUGAGGAGCUAUGGGAACGAUGAUUUGGUGGCUUAAAGGCUGGUUUUAUAUGGUGCCUUAAUCUGCUCCAAGGAACGGAAGCCUUAAUCUGUGCUACGGUACUCCAACUCCAGGACAGGCUUGUUUCACUCCUGAAACUGUUCAUCUGAGGCUAGUUAGACCUGCUCUUUGAACAAGAUCAAGUAGUGUUUGCCUUUCUUAAAAAACUUGUACUGUUGCCUUGGUGGAGUGAGAUGUAGUUUAUUCAUGGAAUGAGAACUUGUAGUUUUUAUGAAGAUUGUUCUGGCCAGGUUAGAGACUGGUGACUGUUAGGAACAGCAGUAAUCUUUAGAAGGAAACUAAUCAAUUCCUUAUUGGAUGUGUAACCACAGGCAGGCGUUGUUCAGGGAAUUCUUGAGAUGAACACAGAACUGAGUUAAGGCAGAAGGUUUAAAAAAAAAAAUCUCAUCUAGACCCAUUGGCAGUUUGUUCUGUCUGCCUAGAUGAUGGUGUUGUUUGAGGUGAGUUAGAUUUAGGGAUUUAUGCUGUGUCUGAUUAUGUGAUUUUUUUUUUUUUCCCCCAAGUUCCUCCUGAUGGUGAUAGAUAGGGUUCUCCCUGUUUUGUGUGGCUGAGCAUCCUUACCACUGCUCUGAAUUUAAAGGUCGCGUGGCUGAAAAUCGAUGGCCAAGCCUAGCAUUAAUGCAGUGAUGCACAAAAUACUUGGGCAGACCCCGUAUACUGGUUAAUUUCCACUGUCCCUGGAUCCUGCGUGUAUAUACAUAUACAGCAGAUAUGCAUACGUGCAUUAAAUUGUGAUCCUUUCAGAUAAAUAACAUUUCAGAAAUGUAGUACUUCCUCUGAAGAGUUUUCCGUUUUCUUGUUCCUGCUGUGGGAUUUCUUGAGAAAAUGUUAUUUGCACAUGUUCAUUCUUGAAGUCUGCCAUUGCCAAGAGAGCUUUAGCUAAUGCCAAAUGUGGAUAUUUUGAAGCUAGUGAAUGGUCUCUGGAGAAAACUUAAGCUUACAGGGAACAGUGGUUUUUUCACACACGCUCCAAAUGGCUGUCUUUUAGAAGGCUGCAGAUUUUCUUUUCAUGCUUGGAAACCCUAAAAUGUGUCGGUCUUUUCAAAAACUUUUAGAUGUGGUUCAUGAAUAUACCAGUAAGUAUAUGUUAGUGUAAAAGAGUGGCUGUGCAGUGUGUAAAUACUUUAAAUUAUUAUGAUAGAAGAAUAAAGUUGCCUACCUUGCUGAGGAGCGUCUGUAGUGUGGUGUUAGUGACCCCUGGUGGGGUGCAGGGAAACUGGGAAUAUGGGUUACCCACGGGGCGGGCAAUCUGUAAGUGAAGCCCCGAUUUGUUUCCUAGCCAUUGCUUGUUGUGUAGGAACGUGCUGAGUACUGUUGCUGUAUUAUCUUGAGAUGCUUGUUUCCCCUUAGUGAAGUGAAGCUAGUGAAGUCUGUGACCAGCAGCUGUAAGCCAGGUCAGUGUACUGAAGAUGCUGUGUGGGAAACCAACAGUAGGAACCAUCUCUUCAAGACCCCACUGACACACUUCCUUUUGCAGUGAUUGGGGAGAUGCUUAGAAGAGCUUUAGCAGGGUACAGAGGCCCUGAUGCUGUGCCCAUCUUGAAGAGUAUAAUGAUGAAAAUCCUCCUUUAAACUUAUUGGGAAAUUCUUAGACCAGAAUAACCUUGGAAGAGGAAUCUCAGGCAUCAAAAGAAUAAAUGGUACAGAAGAAUCCAUAAGAUGACAUUCUGUAUCAAGAUGAUCUGAUAAGAAUACAUGACAGCUGUGAUAUUUCAGCUGCAAGGCUAAUCACAGAGUGGAAAGGAAAACUGAAAACAAAGCUCAAAACAAGUUAUAUAAAACACCAAGAGUGGUAGGCCUAAUAAACACAAUGAUUCUUAUUUUGCUAGGCUUCUGCUAUGGCUAGAAGUAGAGAUGUGGGGGAAGCAGUCCUACGUGGUAGAUAACGCAUCACUGAAAUGCUUUCUGGAAACAAAUGGCUAUAGGAAGCCACAUGAGCUCUCAACACUGUUCUUAUGUUAAGUGCCCAUGAAAGAAGGCUGUCAUAUCUGUAAGAACUUAUUUUCAAUGUGAUGGUCCACCACCACAAGCUCUGCUGAAAGUAAUACAGCUUGAUCAUCAGUAAAGUAAUGCAGUAGCUAGUAAGCUGUUACUAAAGUUUAGUCUUUAAAAUGUUAGCUGAUUACAUGUAUGUUAGUGGUUAAUUCAAAAGAUUAUUUUAAGUCUCUUCUAGAGUAUUUCUGACGAGUUUUAAUCUUCUAAUGUUUGGUAACAGAGCUCUUGGCAGCUGAGGAUAGUUCUCUGUAGUUGUGGAGGCUGAUAACUUCCCUUGGAAGCAUGUCACGGAACUGAGCAGAGUACCAGGUGCUUAAUCCUUCAUUUUGUGUGUGUGUGUGUAUGGCUUCUGAAGGAGGCUGUCCUCACAAAGGGAAAUGGUGCACUGAACUGACUGUCCAAACAAAAGUUUUCUUUUCUGUUUCACAUUUCACUUCCUGGAAAACCUGGCUGGAAGAGCAGUCUGCGCAGAGCCCCAGUUAAAUGGGAUACAACCUGGGGGAAUGCAGUGCGAGAGAACAAUCCAUCUUUCGUUCUUGUGGUCACGUUAGGGCCCUUCAGUAUCCAAGCACAUCAGUUCAUUUCCUUUGAAACUGCUGCUCUCCUGCCAGAGAACAGAUUUCCACCUACUUAAGUCUUAGUCUUAUCGAUACCGUGCAUUUGUUUUAUGGAUUUUGGGGAUGUGGAAAUUGCUGUUUACUGAGAUACACCCUAAGUGAAGCAAGUAAUGUUGGAAGUUUUGCUCCACCUAAUGAGUGUUUCACUAGGGGACACGUUUAGAAAAAUAAACUAAAUAAACACGUGGCUUUCCUCUCUUCUGUGAGAGCCAUUGCACAGUUUCAAUUUUUGCAUUCUUCACGUGAGUAUAGCUGAAAUUUUGCAGUGAAAUUUUCAUGCUUUGGGAUAUUUUAAUUCCUGUAUGUGUCUAGACUGGUACAAAGUGUUCUAUCUUUCCCUAUUUUGUCUGUUCCCUGUUCUACAACUAUUAAAGACUGCUAUCGAUAUAAAGCCUA